AUGACCAGUACUAGAAAAGGCCUCUCCAGUGAUUUCCAGAUGCUGAUUCAGUUUCUGUUUGGCCAGCUCCAAUCAAGCCCUAGCAGCGCUGGGAUAAAGAGGAAGCUACCUCUGAUGCUUGACAACAGGAUCUCAGCCCCACAAGUGUCUAAGUUCAGCUGGCAUUUGUCUACAGACCCCCUCCGUGACCCCUAUUUCAUACAGUCGCCAUCGACAGAACCUGCCUCUUGCUUAAACAGCCCUGCAAUUGCUGGAGGACCCAUCAUAUCUGAUGUUACCGAGGUGUCACCAUCCAACAUAAUAAAUAUGCAAUCCCCUCCUGAAAAUGACAGGGAGAGGUGCCUCAUGCUGAUCAAGGAAGAGCCAGUUAGCCCUGGAGUGAAAGCCACCGCCAAGCCUCAUGUCCCCCUGCCAGGCUGCUGGGCUUGCUCUGAGCCCCCCGUGCUGCCGGUGGCCAUGGUUCAGUCUGUUUUGGAAGGCAAAGGGGGCUGUGGCACAGCCCCACUGGGGACCUCAUAACCAUCCAAGAGAAGAGGCAGAAGAGCACUGCUGGACAGAACAGAUAUUUCAGACCCCUUGGAGGGCUCUGACUGGAGCUUGGAAGGGCUGCAGCUGCUGCUGAGGAGCCAGCAGUAUGGCCUGGAGCACGCCAGCCUCUUGGAUGUCUUUAACCCCAAUUUAUCUUUGAGUGAGUGGAAUUUGACUGAAAUGGAAGCCAUUCUGUCCCUGAUACAGCGACUCACAGUGGAUCUGGAGAAGAAUGCAACUGAGCUGGUUUAA